CUAACUUGCUGUCUCACUCAUGCUUCCUGGCUUUACUCACAUGCUCAAAGAGGGAAGAGCUGUAGUGUCUUAGCUGCACAUGAAGAAGGUCUGUCUAUUUUAAACCACACCGGACUGGACUUGGGAUAUUUUUAUAUCUCUUGAAGCGUGUGACAGAUUGUAUGUACAAAGUAGAGCCAGAGGAGAGUUUGAGUUCCUUUGUUUUACCUUUUUAUUUAGGAUUUUUCUCCAUCUGACUGGAGGUGGUUGUGUGUGUGACAGAGAGAGAGAUAGAGAGACAGAGUGUGUGUGUGUUUGUGUGUUUGAGUGAGUCUGCAUGUGUGUGUGUGUGUGAGAGAGAAAGAGGACCAGGAUGAUUGCGGCCCAGCUACUAGCCUAUUACCUCACUGAACUUAAGGAUGAUCAGGUUAAAAAGAUCGAUAAGUACCUGUACUCCAUGCGUUUCUCUGAUGAGACAUUAAAGGAAAUCACGCAGCGGUUUCGGAGGGAGCUGGUCAAAGGACUGGGGCGGGACACUAACCCCACUGCUGUGCUGAAGAUGCUGCCAACGUUUGUGCGGUCAAUCCCUGAUGGCUCAGAGAAGGGAGACUUUAUUGCGUUGGAUUUGGGAGGCAGUAACUUCAGGAUUCUCCGUGUCAGAGUGAGCCAUGAAAAGAAACAGACCGUUCAGAUGGAGAGUCAAAUCUAUGACACACCAGAGGACAUCAUUCAUGGCAGUGGAACAGGACUGUUUGACCAUGUGGCUGAGUGUCUUGGUGACUUCAUGGAGAAACACAACAUCAAAGACAAGAAGCUCCCAGUUGGAUUUACCUUCUCCUUCCCCUGCCAGCAGACCAAAUUAGAUGAGGGCUUUCUGAUAACAUGGACAAAGCGUUUCAAGACCAGUGGAGUAGAGGGAAUGGACGUUGUCAAGCUUCUCAACAAAGCCAUUCAGAAACGAGGAGACUAUGAAGCUGACAUCAUGGCAGUAGUGAAUGAUACUGUGGGAACGAUGAUGACCUGUGGUUUCGAUGACCAGCGCUGUGAAGUCGGCAUUAUCAUCGGUACGGGUACCAAUGCAUGCUACAUGGAGGAGCUGCGUCACAUUGACCAGGUGGAGGGAGACGAGGGCAGGAUGUGUGUGAACACUGAGUGGGGAGCCUUCGGAGACGACGGCAGGCUCGAAGACAUCAGGACAGAGUUUGACAGAGAGAUAGACCGAGGCUCUCUCAACCCCGGAAAACAGCUAUUUGAGAAGAUGGUCAGUGGUAUGUACAUAGGAGAGCUGGUUCGCCUCAUCCUGGUGAAGAUGGCCAGAGAGGGCCUGCUGUUCGAGGGGAGGAUCACCCCCGAGCUGCUCACUAAGGGGAAGCUUGAGACCAAACACAUCUCAGCCAUAGAGAAGAGUAAGGAGGGGUUGACCAAGGCCAGAGAGAUUUUAACCAGACUUGGCGUGGAGCCCUCACAUGACGACUGCAUCGCUGUGCAGCAUGUUUGUACCAUUGUGUCUUUCCGCUCUGCCAACCUGAUAGCUGCCACGCUGGCAGGCAUCCUACUGAGGCUAAAGGAGAACAAAGGCGUCGCACGGCUUCGAACUACUGUAGGCAUUGAUGGAUCUCUAUACAAGAUGCACCCACAAUAUGCCCGUCGUCUUCAUAAGACAGUCCGUCGUUUGGUCCCAGACUCUGAUGUUCGAUUCCUCCUAUCAGAGAGCGGCAGUGGUAAAGGAGCAGCCAUGGUGACAGCUGUGGCCUACCGACUCGCCGAACACUCACGAGAAAUUGCCCAAACGCUGUCUGAAUUCCGCCUGACGACCGAACAACUGCUGGAUGUAAAGAAGAGAAUGAAGACAGAGAUCCAAAAUGGCCUUUCAAAGAGCACUCAGGACUCUGCUACUGUCAAAAUGCUGCCAACCUUCGUAAACAGCACUCCUGAUGGCUCAGAGCAUGGUGAUUUCCUGGCUUUGGAUUUAGGAGGAACCAACUUCAGAGUUCUGUUGGUUAAGAUUCGUUCUGGCAAGAGGAGAACAGUGGAGAUGCACAACAAAAUCUACGCUAUUCCUCUAGAAGUGAUGCAGGGCACAGGAGAGGAGUUGUUUGAUCACAUUGUGCAGUGUAUCAGUGACUUCCUGGACUAUAUGGGGAUGAAGAAUGCUCGUCUUCCUCUGGGCUUCACCUUCUCAUUUCCCUGCCGACAGACCAGCCUGGACGCUGGCAUCCUGGUGACAUGGACCAAGGGCUUCAAGGCGACGGACUGUGAAGGAGAAGAUGUGGUGGGACUGUUGCGGGAGGCCAUUAAGAGGAGAGAAGAAUUUGACCUGGAUGUAGUGGCUAUAGUGAACGAUACAGUGGGAACCAUGAUGACCUGUGCUUAUGAAGAGCCCACCUGUGAGAUUGGGCUCAUCGCUGGCACUGGUAGUAAUGCAUGUUACAUGGAGGAAAUGAGGAACAUUGAGAUGAUAGAAGGAGAUGAGGGACGGAUGUGUGUCAACAUGGAGUGGGGAGCUUUCGGUGACAAUGGAUGUCUUGACGACAUUAGGACAGAGUAUGACCGCGCUGUGGAUGACUUAUCCCUCAAUCCAGGCAAACAAAGAUAUGAGAAAAUGUGUAGCGGCAUGUAUCUCGGAGAAAUUGUCCGAAACAUCCUGAUAGAUAUGACCAAGAGAGGAUUCCUGUUCAGAGGACAGAUUUCUGAAACACUGAAGACGAGAGGCAUCUUCGAAACAAAGUUCCUCUCACAGAUAGAGAGUGACAGAUUGGCUUUGCUGCAGGUGAGAUCCAUCCUGCAACACUUAGGGCUGGACAGCACCUGUGAUGACAGUAUCAUAGUCAAAGAGGUAUGUGGGGUAGUGUCACAUCGUGCGGGUCAGAUUUGUGGGGCAGGAAUGGCGGCUGUGGUCGAUAAGAUCAGAGAGAACCGAGGACUGGACCAUCUGGACAUCACUGUAGGGGUGGAUGGGACACUCUACAAACUGCAUCCACAUUUCUCCGGGGUCAUGAUCCAGACAGUAAAAGAACUGGCUCCUCAGUGUAACGUCAACUUCCUGUUGUCAGAGGACGGCAGUGGGAAAGGAGCGGCACUCAUCACAGCCGUGGGCUGCCGGUUGAGACAGGAGUUAAACAAUAAAUAGAAAAUAUCUCUUCUGUCUUGCUGUUAUCUCCCCACCUUACUGUGUGUCCCCUCUCUUCUCCACCCUGUUCUUUCCCCUUGUCUUCUGUCCUGAAUCCAACCACUCCAGUCAACGUAUCACGCUCCUGUAGCUGCUUUAGCUCGUCUACAUGACAGAGAGGACGAUAGCUUUCUCUGCUGUGUUAGGUAGCAGAGUCAGGCACUAUGUUGUAGUUAGAUUACAUUGAUUAACCAUUGUAACAGUACCCAGACUCUUAAAGUUUUUGUGAUUUCCAAGGUUAAAUUUAUCAAAGGAGAUAAAACAAAAAAAAAUGUGCAGGGCGGAAACAAAGUGUCCACACACUCCUGUAAUGCUCCCAUGAGUUGUUUAUCAUCGCCAUCUGGAGGAUAAAUGCAGCCUGUUACAAUAUACCAAGUACAACAGUUGCAAGACAAUUUCCAAAAGCAUUGCAGAGAAAUGUUUAUCCUCACAUGUUGAGUGGAUGCAGGGACAUAAAAACACUGUUUUAGACCAAAUUUUCCAAAGUGUUUCUGCUGUCUGCUACUCACCGUCUCUACAACAAGACGUAGAAGGGAUACGAGGCGAUAUAUAAAUGUGUAAUGAGAUGAAAGGGAAUAUUUUUGCUUUAAGAAAUGUAAGAUCUUACCCAGAUAGGAUACAAUAUGUUAUACAUACACUGUUGCUAUUUAUUUUAUUUUUGUAUUGGCCAAUGUUGAAAUUUUUUGCUGUUCAUAUAAUGAGGCACACAGAGGAAGCGACUUCAGUUGGUACCUGUCCUGUAGCGGAGGAUUUAAUAAACCACGUCGGGGAAGAAAGGUGACAAAAGAGGGACUGUUACCAUAUCUGCAGGAUAUGUCACAUGCUUGCUUAAUGUGCAGAUUUGGUCUAAUUUAUGACAGCAAUCCUAUUCUAAUGUGCUGUACUGUAAAAUAUGUCCAAAGAGCACUUGUAUUUUACAAAGUAUGUUGUUGGUUCUAAUCACAGCUGUUGAUAAGUUGUCCUUGUUGUCUUAAGAAGUGCUGGCUAUACUCAUCAUCACAGUGAGACUUAUCAGUUACUUGGUAACAGCAAUGAAACAGGAAUGCGGUGCUAACAUAGAUGCCAGUGGAACAACAAUGGCCAAAACCGUGUAUAAGAGGACAUUUUGUACAGUAGCUGAAACUUUAAAGGGAAUUUAAACAUUUUGGAAAUAAAGCGUCUCCCUAUCCUCACCCACUGUACUCUAUAUGUUCCAAAAAACUCAGAAGGGUGUUUAAAUGAACUACUGUAUGACUCAUUCAUGUAACACAAUUCAUGCAAAGUCAUAUUUAUUUUUCUCUGUAAUAAAAUCCAAUAAUUAAAGUACUGCUGUUAAUGAUA